ACCCCCACACACCCAUGCCGUGAUACUAACGUUCACUUUGCGCCAUCCGCACAUCCUUGGGCCUCCACGGACGCUGCCCUGACUCCCCGCAACUCGUCGAGCGCUCGCAUCCCCCAUCCCCAAGAUAUGAUUUAGCCGCUUGACACCCUCUCGCAACGCCAACACGAGCUCAAGUUCCGCAUCCGGCACCAUGUCUCUGAAUCUGGAGAAACAACUUGUCUUUUAUGGAGCAUACCACCAUAACAAAGUUAACGUGGGAAUACAUAUGCUUUGCGUGCCUCCCAUCCUCUUGACAUCUUUUCUCCUGCUCACCAACACACCGGCCGUGCCGCUGCCAUCAUGGCUUUCCGUUCCCAAUCUCCCGCUCAACGUCGGCACCGCCGGAGCUGUACUCUACUCGACCCUAUAUGUCCUCAUGGAGCCUGUCGCAGGAGCCAUGAUUGCCCCGAUCCUUAUCGGUAGCACCGCUUAUGCGAAUCACCUCACGUCCACGUAUGGCGCAUCAGUCAACUCCUGGGCUGGCGCAAUCAACAUUGCAUGCUGGAUUGCGCAGUUUGUCGGGCAUGGAAAGUUUGAGGGAAGGGCGCCAGCAUUGCUAGACAAUCUCAUUCAAGCCAUCUUCCUGGCUCCAUUCUUUGUCUGGUUCGAGGUUCUCUUCAUGCUCGGCUACCGUCCAGAGCUCAAACGUCGUAUAGACCAGGCUGUUGAGCAGGAGAUCCAGAAGUUUCAGAAGAGCAAGGAAAAGGGUCAGAAUGGCUCGGCAAAAUAAUUCGAUACUUGAAAUAUGGAUUUGAUGGCCAGAGCACAAGUGAGGCAUAGUGAUGUCUCUACCCAAGGUAAUAGAAGGAUGCGUUCAGGCGGCACUGCCCUAGGAUGCGCAUGUAAUGUAUGGAUACUACAGCAGAGUGAGCAUUGCAUGGUGCAAGGCGUAUACGGAGUUGUGUCGCCUAUGGUUGUUAGUUUUGCACAUUUUGUCUGUAUAUUCCUGCUGGAGGGGUUGCAACAUAGUAGGAUACCAAUCUAUACCGUUGUUCGCUCAGACUAGUGUGUUAACGUGUACCAAUUCGUUA